AUGACUGAAAGACACGAUCCGCACGAUCAGUUCACGGCAUCGAUCUCUCAGAGAACAUGUUCACGCGGGCACGAGAAAUGCCACGGCCGAAGAGGGGGCUACGACGAGUCCAUCACCUACGAGCGCGCCAAUCCCCGAGGGGAACUGGAACUUGGCCCGACAUCGUACGACUUCGUCUUCGCCACGCUCCGCCCGGGAGGCCGCUUCGUUUUCUCGAUCGAGCACCCCGUACUGACGGCGCCGGCGGACGCCUCGUGGCACCGCGACGUCGCGCGGGGGAUGGUGUUCUGGCCACUGAACCAGUACUGGGACGAAGGAGUGCGUGUGACGGACUGGCUCGCCGAGGGCGUCCGGAAGUAG